AUGGUAUGUGAAAAAUGUAAGUGUUUGCUCCUGUAACCCGUUGAAAACAAUAUAUUAAUCUUAAUAUUAUAUUAAAGCGUAACAAAUAAGUUGCAGGUACUUCAAAACUGACCAAGCUAGCUACGAUACACAAAGGACCGAGUUCGUCGAAGAAAGUGACAAAUGAGAACAAACUUCUGACAUCGAAGGCCAGGUUCAAACCUGAAAAGGAGACCUUCAAGAAGUGCAGGAUAUGCAAGAAGAUGUGUCAUCAUGUAGCCGCCCAUUACUGCCAAGAUUGUGCCUAUCAGAAGGGAAUCUGCCCAAUGUGCGGGAAGAAAGUGUUGGAGACCAACAACUACAGGCAAAGUCUAGUUUGA